UUUGGAGAGGGAAUUAACCCCUUGGGAGCAAGAGUAUUUGGAGGAGAUGUACGAGCAAAAGGAGAAGUUCGAACGACAACUAAAGAUCGUGGAGGAGGUCAUCGAAGGAGAGCCCUUAUUUACAUUCGAUCUACCGGGCUAUGUUGAAGACAAGGCGGUCGAGUGUAAAGUCGACCAAUUCGAGCGCGAGGAACCGUUGUUCGCCGACGAGUUCACGGACGAGGAGAACCGAGAGAGAAAGUCGUACAAGCAGGAGACCGACGUUGAGUACACCAUGGUGAGUUCGGGUGAUUGGAGCAAAGCGUGCACGCAGGAAUGGCACGCGCAACACAUCGAGGUCAAGGAGGCGAUCUUGGUCGAGGUUGAAGAGGACCAUGGGUGGGAUGUGCGCAUGGUCGAAGAAAGAAUGCCCGAUGUGUGGAUGGUCGAGGAUGAAUCCUUGAGGACAAGGAAAGUCUCGAAGAGGCGGGGAAUGAUACGGAAGUGGAUUCCGGACCCCUGUGACAAGAAGGGCCGAGGGCCAAGAGGACUCAAGGAGGCUGAAAAAAGGGCCAAAACGACGCAUGCAUGGCCUAAAAGACAGGUACGAGCUCGUAUGCGAGACACUCACGCACAUGAAAAGCGGCGUGUACAAAGCAGUAGACAAGGGCGCGCACACGUGCACUGGCGUAGAUGCACAUGGCAUCUAGAGGCUAGACAAAGCGGCGCGCAGGGGGUGGAUGUUGGGUGGUUGAUGCGCGCAAGGGGCUGCGGCGAAUGGACAGCGAGUGCGUGUAGGCGCACGAGUGAGUGCGAGGGGUGGCCGGGCAAGCGGACCACGCUGGGCGUGUGCAGCAUGCACGGAGGUGGCAGGGACGCUCGGACGAUGGGUAGCGACGCGGGCGAUGGCCUAGACCGCGUAGGCAUAGGAGUACCGGACGACGACAGCGGGGCGCAAGGCAACACACGCGAGGAACAAUGCAAGAACAAGGGUGCAAGCCUAAUCCUCGUAGGAAUAGGCAAGGCGCGAAUACUAAUCCUCGCAGGAAUAGGAAAAGCAGUUGAGUGCCGGAACGCGCGUGGGAGAUCGGUGGCGGAAGUAAUCCUCGGAAGAUCAGAAAAUGUAACCGGGAUCAUAUUCCUAGUAGGAAUAGGAAUAGUGGAUAUGGGCUCGAAGCAUGGUCCUACAAGGAAUAGGAGUGGCGCAGCAGGCGCGCGAGACCUA